CGCCUUCACUUGUCAACAACACAAAGCAGCGACAUCAGGCGCGGCUCCAGAGAUUGGCGCUGUGAACACGCUUGCGACGUGUUAUUGAUCUCACAUCUUGCUCAGAGACUCGACUCUGGCUGUUGUAUCCGGUCUUGGAUCGUGGUGCUGCGUAUCGGUGCGCCGACACCCCGAAUAUCGAAAUCGCGAUUUGGCGCUGGUAGCCCUUUUUACAUCUUCUACAGCGCCUGAUCAGCGGAACACGAUACCAAUCUAGGACGGCGAGGUCCUGCUGACAAUGUCCAAAUACUUGACGAUAAAAAGACUGUCCGAGUACGACGAUGUGUUGACCGACCAUUUGAUUGACAAAGUCUACUUCUGGCUCACCACGCACAAGUCUGAUGCGGAUUAUGUACCGAGCAAAGCGAUACGACCGUCACAGAUGGCAAGCUUGUUGCAAGGACAUAUCAUUGGUGGGCCUAGACGAUCGCGCGAAAAGAUGCUGGCAGAUGCGAUCGAGGCAUGUCUUCAGCUCAAAUCAAUACAAAAAGUCUACAACAAGCUGCGGCCGGAAGAACAGUCAGACUUUGUCUCUCAUCUCAAACGCUAUCUUAAUAUUUGGCGGAUUGAUGCAGAAUUUGAGAUCAACAGCACGGAUCGAUACUGCUCAAACAAGGCGGAAUCUUGCAUUUUAGCCUUGCAGCCUAUUCAUAAAUACAAGGUACUUGCUCAGCUGAGUGGGACGAUCGUUCCCAUGACUGAGGAGGAAGAGGAAAUGUACAAGGCAGACUUCAGUAUCAUCUGGUCUCACCGGAUUCAGUCCAUGUGCCUAUUUCUCGGGCCUGCCCGUUUUGUCAACCACGACUGCGACCCCAACGCGACCUUUGUCAUGGUCAACGGCAAUAUUGCAGUGGCAGCCAUUCGCAAUAUUGAAAUUGGCGAGGAAAUUACCAUCGCAUACAGUCCAGACUAUUUUGGGCCUGGCAAUAUUGACUGCAGAUGUGCUUCAUGCGAACGUACAGGCAAAGGAUUUUAUCGAAAUGCUGAGCAACGUAAUCGAGACUCAGCUGGCGCAGACGACGAAGCUGGAACGAUCGACUCGCUUGCUGCGACAGUCCCCGUGGAAUUGAGUUAUUCUGCCUCGAAAAAUAAGGCCCACAUGAGUGGACCAAGCUCAAUCUUGAAUAAUGUCGAUGCGCAACGCAAGCUUGGAAACAUGGCAAAGACUCUCGUGAACGACAGUGACGACGACGAGUCAUUUCUGGAGGCCCUUGCACGCAAGCCUGACGAGGGCGACUCGGAUCUCGAACGGGAAGGAAGAAUAUCAAGGCGCAUUUCUCGGAUCAGCACUAUGCAACGCUUCUCCAAUCUGGCAGAAGAUGAAGUUUCUCACUCCACGAACGAAGAUGUGGCAUCGAAUGCCAGUAAGGAUUUCGAUGGUGCAGAUAUUUCCCGGAAGUCGCUCAGACCAAGAAAUGCAAAGCUCGAUUACAAUUUGAGGAAGCAAUCUAAGCAGAGCAUCCUACCUGGCUUGUAUCGGCGGGCCUUCAAAAAGGAUCCAAGCAAACACUACUGCAACAUGUGCGACGAAGAAGCGCUCAAAAAGGAUAUGUUUGCCGAGAAAAGUGAGGAAGGCCUCGAAGUGCUCCUCUGUCGACGCUGUCGACGUCACACAAAGCUCUACGGCUCUCCUUGGCCCGAGAGAACCCCGCUGGUGUCACAUCGCACUCGUGAAGGACUUGAAAAAUUGGCCAGCCACGAACUAGCAGGUCGUUUGAGCACAAACACGCAAGUGCAGCGAACAAAUUGGCAGACUGAGAAUGGACGCUUGUCGAUGCCUGGCAUGGCCGGCAGGAAGCCCAUGCUUCAGUCAAUGCAUGGCCUUGGCGAUCAGAUGCGUCAGACGAAGUUGCUUACAAGCACAGGCCCUGAUAACACUCUGGCAAACAGUGCCGGCGAGUUCGCAUGUCUGGAAUGCUAUGAGAGGCACCGCAAAUGUCACAGGAUGAAGCCUAAUCAACCUCGUUGUGAUAGUUGUGUGCGUCUCGAUCGCGAGUGCUAUCCUCGCUUCGAGUCGCAGACUCGUGGCGCAGAGAGCUCAUCGCCUGAGCCUACUCUGACAAUAUAUCACAACCGCUCGACAGUUGGCAACAAUGCCUCUCCCCGUGCAUUUGGCAGUGCCAACUUUAUUCAAACCAAGCCUGCCUUCAUGACGUUUGUAAGUCGCCUCGAUCGUUAUACCAACAAGCUCGUCAAUCGGCAGGCGCAGGUCAGGGUUGAUUUGGCUGCUCAGCACGAACAAGACAAGCUGGCAAGUUUGCCGCCUGAAGCAAGGAGAAAGGGAAUGCACGGCGACUUUGGCAAGGCUGGCUCAUGGUACUAUGUUGAGGUCCCAGCGUCUGGCGAUGACGAUAUUCCGGUGUUGACACAAUCUCGUCUUCGUUCGCGCGAGCAACGGAAGGGCAGUUCUCAACGCGGAGACUGUGGCAGAAAGCACAAUUUUGUGACCCCAGAUACAAGCGAUGAGGAGUUUGGCAGAAUGAUAGAGACUGCGAAGCGAAUCACAGCGCCCUACCAUUCACGUCAGCUUACUGCGCCGCGGGUCAAGUCGCCUGCUAUCAAGCCUAAAGAAGAAAGGGUCUCAGUGAAGCGCAAACGUGAGGACAGCGCGGAUCACAGUCGGUCAGUAAGGCGCCGAGAAAGUGGCGCGAGCUCGGUAACAUCCGUCGUGUCAGCUCAACGUGAUUUCAAGCCCGGAACCUCUGGACGAGGACGCUACUUUUAUGUGCCUGUGGACAGCGAAGAGGAUGAGAGACAGAGCACUCCUGUGGUUUUUGAUGAUCGGUUGUCGCGUCCCAGAUCGUAUAGAACUGGAUCAUACAAGGAAUAGAUUGAAGCGAUCAGCUUGGCUUAACUUCUGCACAAUACCUUUAUAGGCAGUAGUAUAUACCUAAUUUUGAC